AUGUUUAUAGUUAUGAUUCAUCUUGAUGUGAUGAUUUUCACAAUCCUGCAAGUACAUUGUCAAGCCUGGAGCCAGAAAGAAAACAGGUCAGAGACUUGAAUUACCAGGGAAUGUUAGAAGGUAAUGAUCUGCAGCAUUAAUAUUGUUAGCUUGUAGCUCUUUAGGGGAAGAUUGAAUAUGUUGAUCUGCGAAGGUAGAUUAUGUUUACUUUGCAGGAAGUGAAAGUGAAAGUAUGACUAUGACUACACGGAAGCUAAAGAAUACCACCAGCAAAAGAAAAUGACUUCUAAGUUUUCAGAGGAGGAUUUCUCCUGUCCUGUGUGUUUUGAAAUCUUCAAGAAUCCGGUUCUCCUUCAAUGUAGUCACAGUGUGUGUAAAGCGUGCCUGGAGCAGUACUGGGGGACCAAAGGAUCCAGAGAUUGUCCUGUUUGUAGAAAAAGAGCGUCCUUGAGUCCACCACCUAUUAACUUUGCUUUAAGAAACCUGUGUGAGACUUUCUUACAGGAGAGAAGUCAGAGAUCUCCACCAGAGUCUGAAACAGUCUGCAGUCUGCACAGUGAGAAACUCAAUGUCUUCUGUCUGGAUGAUAAAGAGCCAGUGUGUGUGGUGUGUCAAACUUCAAGAAAACACACCGACCACAAAUUCUGCCCAAUUGACGAGGCAGUAACCGACUGUAAGGAGGAGCUCAAGACUGAACUAAAACUCAUACAGGAGAAACUGGAGAACAUUAAAGACUGUAAACUGAACUGGAGUCAGACUGCAGAACAUAUAAAGAUUCAGGCCCAACACACAGAGCGGCAGAUUAAGGAGGAGUUUGAGAAGCUCCACCAGUUUCUACGAGAUGAAGAGGCAGUCAGGAUCGCUGCACUGAGAGAGGAAGAGGAGCAGAAGAGUCAGAUGAUGAACGAGAAGAUUGAGAAGCUGAGCAGAGACAUAUCGUCUCUUUCAGACACAAUCAGAGUCAUAGAAGAGGAGAUGAGAGCUGAAGACGUCUCGUUCUUACAAAACUACAAGGCCACGGUGAAAAGAGCUCAGUGUACACUGCAGCAUCCAGAGGAGCUUUCAGGAGCGCUGAUCCAUGUGGCAAAACAUCUGGCCAACCUGAAGUUCAGAGUCUGGGAGAAGAUGCAGGAUGCUGUCCAAUACAUGCCUAUAACACUGGACCCAAACACUGCAAAUCCUUUUCUCAUUGUAUCUGAUGAUCUGACCAGUGUGAGAGUUAGGGAAGAGGAACAGAAGCUGCCAGACAAUCCAGAGAGACUAGAUGCUUGCUUAUGCAUCCUGGGCUCAGAGGGUUUUAGCUCAGGGUCACACUGGUGGGAUGUUGAAGUUGGAGAUUGUGCAGCUUGGUCACUGGGUGUGAUGACAGAAUCUGCCAAAAGGAAGGGAGAGAUAAACUCCAGAAGUGGACUCUGGUAUAUGUGGUUUUAUGAAGGUGAAUAUGGAGGAGGUUCUACACCACAUCAACACAGUGUGUUCUCAUUAGAACAGACACUUCAGAGGAUCAGAGUGCAACUGGACUGGGACAGAGGAAAGCUGUCAUUCUCUGACCCUCUUACUGGUACACAUAUAUACACUUUCACGCACACAUUUACUGACAAAUUACUGCCAUAUUUAGCUGUUGGUUCUGUGGAGUCUUCUCUGAAGGUCCUCCCCAUUCAGUACUAUGGAAAUGCGAAUCACUUAAGGUGUACGUAAGCUCAGCUCGUAAAGUUAUUAAAACAGAGAUUUUAAUAUGACGGAGUAUUAGGCCUCAGGUAUUAUUUUAAUUUUGAAUUUAAAUCAGGUUUUAUUGAAAGAUGUACAGGCUGACUAACUGCAUUUACAAUAAUCAUCUUUUUGGCAUCAUAAAUGCACUAAUAUUAAAUAUAUUUAUCUCACAAUGUCAUGUUCAAUUACACCAAUCGUGCAAAUGUCUUCUGCUGAGAGUACUACAUUCUGAAGACUGUAGAAUUUGUUUGGUACAAAUAAAAAUGUUCAUGUUCAUGCUUUAGUCACUUUAUAAAACCUCUAAUAGUAAUUCAUAGUUAGAUCCAUGAGGUUAGACAUGACAUGGGUUUUCUAAAGCAUAUAUCAUGAUCAUCAUCAUCAUCAUCAUCAUCAUCAUAUACUGUAUCAGCUACAACCAGAGGAGAAAUAAUUAAAGAUUGACAGGGUUAGCUUUUGUCUUGCUAAAAAAGUAGGACGUUUAUUUGUUUUCUAAUGAAGUGAUCAGAUCAGCUGAGGAACGAUAGCCAUGCAACCUAUCCUUAUUGUGGAAUUUGUAUCACUACCCAGUUGAGAGCAGGUAUCUUCCAUAUUGCCAAAGCAAGUAGUCAAAAAUUCACUUUGACCCAGGCUUGGUCUGAGCAGCUACCAGCUGCUGAAACACAGGCCAUAGCUGUUUGCAGGUCUGGAUCAGAUCAGCAUAGAUCAGUCUCUUGUCGUUGUGUUUUAUUUCUUUAUAUGGUUCUCAGGUGGGUUUGGAACUCAGCUGGAGGUUUCCUGUUACGUGUGCUAUGAAGCACCUGAAGAGG